AUGUCAACUGUUUCCACCACUUUAAAUAAACCACCAACCACUGGAAAACCAAUUACAAUUAAAAAGUCAUUUGGAUCCUCAGAGAAAUGCACUGUUUGUUCAAAGACUGUUUAUAGUACUGAAAGAUUGGCUGCCGAUGAGCGUAUCUUUCACAAAGCCUGUUUCAGAUGUGCAGUUUGUAACAAUGUCUUAAAGCUUGGAAGUUUUGCUUCCAUGCAAUCAAAAUCAUACUGUAAACCAUGUUUCAAGAAAUUGUUCUUUACUAAAGGUAAUUAUUCUGAGGGAUUCGGUCAACUCAAACCACAACAUCAACAUGAUUUAAAGAAGGGUACACCAACUGUUACAGUUGUAACACCACCUCCACCACCUGUAAACUCAUCGGCUGCUCAACAACCAGAGCCAGUCACUCCAGCUCCAACUCCAGCACCAAAGCCAGUUGUUGCAUCAACACCAGCUCCAGCACCAGUUACAGCUACACCCACACCAAAACCAGUUGUUGCAGCUACACCAGCACCAAAACCAGUCGUUGCAUCAACACCAACACCAAAACCGGUCGUUGCAUCAACACCAGCACCAAAGCCAGUCGUUGCAUCGACACCAGCACCAAAGCCAGUUGCAACCACUACAUCGGCACCAAAAUCAUUUGCCAAGCCAACUGUCUCAUCUUCACCAGUAUCACCGGAUAAGCCAUCUACAACAACAACAACUACUUCUACCCUCAACAAACCAGCUACUCAACCACCAAAAUAUGUAUAUGGUAACUUCCAAGGUCUCAAAGAUUUCACAAAGCCAGCAAAUCCAGAAGGCAAACGAAACUUUACAAUCAAUAGAUCCGGAUCUAAAUCACAAGAGAAAUUAGUUCCAACACCAGCACCAGCUUCAACACCAGCACCAGUUUCAAAACCAGUUGUUACACCAGCACCAAAACCAACACCAGUUGUUACACCAGCCCCAGUUGUUGAGGAACCAACUCCAGCACCAGUUGUUGAGGAGCCAACACCAGCACCAGUUGUUGUUGAAGAACCAACCCCAGAACCAACUCCAGUUGUUGAAGAGCCAACUCCAGCAGUUGAGGAAUCAAUUCCAGAGCCACCAUUAGAAGAACCAACUACAGUUGUUGAAGAGCCAACUCCAGUAGUUGAGGAACCAACUCCAGUCUCUGAAGAGCACGUUGAUAUUCCAAUCACCAUGGAAGACGAAGAAACAAACAUUGAAGAAACAGUUUCACUAUCAAACAAUGAGUCAGCUGAGGUUGUUGCUGCUUAA